ACCAAAUCCCAUAAUCUAAUAAGAUAAUAUUAUGUAAUAUUUUAAUUUGAAUAGGUGUUAAACAAAUAAAAACAAAAAAUAAAAUAAAAAAUGAGAAGUCAUCUCUCUCCUUUGUUCCACCGCCAAAGAUGAGAAGCUCAUUGUUCCCCUUCAUCUUCUGCACAAAUCAGAUCGAUUCAUUAGGGAAAAAAAUUACGCCUAAAAUUUUUGGGUUGGCAGAUUUCUUUCACACCUUCCAAAAUUUAGAUCAAGAUGAUAGAAAACUGUUUUGGUUAACCAAUACAAAACUCCAAAUCAAUCUUUCUCACUUUCCAAAUUUUGAAGUUGAUUUAGUAUAUUGGGCAGAAAUCGAAAGUGCUUCACCAUCUCCUUCGUUCUUCUUCCUACCGAUCUCUUCCAGAAAAAUCAGAUUGAAGCACCGGUGGUGACACCAACGACGAUGGGGGAUGGCGAGGGGUUUGGGAAGACGCUGCCGGUAAAUGGAGGAGGUGGCUGAUCGGGUGAAGAAGAGUUGGCCGAAUAGUCAUGGUUGCAGCUGCAAAGCACCUUACACCUAUUAUAUUAGAGCUUGGAGGAAAAUUCCAUGUUGUUGUUGAUUCUGAUGUUAAUAUGCAAGUUGUUGCAAGAAGAAUCAUAGCAGGAAAAUGGUCCUGCAAUAAUGGACAGACCUGCACUACUGCAGAUUAUGUUAUUACCACCAAAGAUUUCGCUCCAAAGCUAAUUGAUGCUCUGAGGUCAGAGUUGGAUGAAUUUUUCAGAAAGGAUCACUUAGAUUCAAAUGACAUGUCAAGAGUCGUUAGCUUGUACCAUUUUAAACGGUUAAUGAAAUUAAUGGAGGAAGAUGGUGUGUCUGAUAAGAUAGUCUUAGGUGGUCAUACAGAUGCAACACAACUCGGGAUCAGAUGCCACAACUGGAUCAGAUGCUGCGAAGAAGUCCGUUGUCGAGAAAACAGCAACCGAAGCACGGGACCAGAGUCUUAUACCCCAAAAGUGGGGGAAAUCUACAUUGCUUCACAACACUCAAUCCUUGUGCUAUGCUUGAGAUACUCACACCACCAUAUUUGGAGGAUGCAGGCAGGAAAUUCACUUAUUAUCAUGACUAUCCAUAUUCAAGCUUCUGUAAGUUUCAUCCAGAAUGAACAUUAGGGAAAUAAAAAGUCAGUUUUUUUUAUAAUAUUUUUUCUUCUGUUUUGCGGGUAAGGUAAUAUUUGUGAUUGAUCUUAUACUAUUUGCACCCACACAAAAUUUCACUUUGUGGAUUUUUUGUUUGUUGAAUUAAUUAUUCUGUCCACUCCUGGAA